GGCUCGCGGGCAUGUGCCGAUUGAUGCACCGGGACAACGAGGGCCUGAAGGACAGGUUCGAUCAGCUGGCGGCCCUGCGACACGGUGCGGCCCUGGCGGCCCUGCGGAGCGCCGGCCUCUUCCGCGGCUCGGGCGCGGUGGGGCAGGAGCGGCGGGCGGCCUUUGAGCGUUGGGCUGCUGACACCUGGCCCGAGGAGCAGGCGGCGCACCAGGCUGCCAUGGCCGAUGCCAUGACUGUCCUGGCGUACAACUCCUACAGUUCCAAGGGCAAUGAGAACCAGCUGGUCUUCCCGAUGCUCUCCAAGGUGAACCACUCCUGCGCCGGCAACGUUAGCACCAUCGCUGAAGAGGAGGGGGGCCAGCUGAUCUGCCGGCGGCCCAUUUCCCUGGGGGAGGAGCUCUUCACGAGCUACCUCACGGAUUUCGACUUGUUGCGGCCCGUGCCGCACCGCCAGCGGGUGCUGAGGGAGAAGUGGGACUUCGACUGUGCCUGUCCGCGGUGCAAGUCAAACGAGGACGACACGCGCCGCUUCAGCUGCCGCGGCCUGGGCAGGCCGCCCAGUUGGCAGGAAAGCGAGGAAGAGCCGGCAGCCCAGUUGUCUCCGUGCACAGGCAGCCGCGCGGCAGCUUGUUCGGGCCAGCGAGUCCUGCCCUGCGACCUCUGCGGCACGGGCGCAGCUGGCGCGGCUGACGCGGCUGACGCGGAGGCGCCUUCCGCGUGGCUGCGCCGGGAGGAGGAGGGCGAGCAACUGCUAGAGGCGAUGCCCGAAGGGAUGUACGCUGCUUGGGCCAAGAUGGAAGAGUUUUCUACGGCACAUCCCCUGCACGGCCUCUCGGGGCGCUGGAAGUUGCAUUUGGUCUCCCACACCGAACAAGAGCUGGCCGCUGAUGAGGAUGAGGACCUCUCAGAGCUGCUGACUCAGUAUCGGGCUGAGCACCAGAGGUGCCUGGAAGCCAUCCUAGGCCUCGACUCGGUGCGAGAUCGCGCGAGCCAAAAGCGGCACGAUGUGGCUGCCACGUGGAGAGAUUCUCAAGAGACCAUGAUCGUCACCAUCCCGGAGGGCUCUCGGCCUGGCGAUGAGCUCACGAUCACUACGGGCGACGGCCAGGAGAUCACGGUGACGGUGCCGGAGGGCGCCGUGCCCGGGGAGGACCUGGAGAUCCCGGUGCCCAAGGUGGCUACCAAGGACAGCAAGCCCAGUGUAAUGUCAGUUGAUGCGGAUGGCGAGCUCUCCGCGCUGGGCGGCUAUCCGGCGCUCUCCGCGGAUCCGCCCAUUGCCACCUCCUACCAGCUAUCAAAGCCCUCGGGCAUGCCUUCGGUCUCUGAGGGCGGGCCCGACGCGCCGGAGCCGGAGGAUGUGGCGGCGGCACGGCAAGAGGUGGAGGCAGAACUGAGGGCGCGGCAGACCGCCAUGGAUGCUGUGGGCCGCGGGGGCGGGUCUGCAGUGUCGACGCCUGAGACGCAGCUGGGAAUCAAGAAGGACAGGGAUUUUGUGCGGCGGAACCUUCCGAUGAACUUGCAGCAGCAGUACUUGCGGCGAGUGUCCACGCUCCAAGACAUUGUCAACCGGAGCAUCAAGGUGCCGCAGUCGCGGCACGGGCUCUACACUGAGGACCUCCGCGUGCGCGCUGCCACCAUCCGCAUGUCCUGCGGCAUGGAGCCGCCGCAUUUCCGCAUGGCCCUGGAAGAGUCCGCCAAGAGCGGGGCGCGGUGGUCGCAGAUGUUCAGACCAGGCUUCAACGACAUCGUGAAUGAGACCUUCAAAGUCGGGGCCAACGCGUGCAUUUUCAGCAAGACCUACCUCACGAACAAGCUGGAGAGGGAGCAGUUCUUGCGGAUGCACGUGAAGGAUUCCAACGGCAUCCUGUGGUUUGAGCUCCAGCGGAGCCUGGAGAGUAUCUACUACCAGCGGAUGGACUUCGUGGAUGUGCAGAUGUACCACCCCCAGGCCUGGGGCUUCCCGGACUCUGCGAAGAUCGUGACCCCCAACCCCGGGGAGCCGAUAGAUCCCUUCCACGGCUGGUGCGCGCAGAAGAGCAUGGAUUCGGUCACAGAGAUGGAGGAGAAGUCGUCGACUGGGUCGCAGGCCUCGACAAUUCGACCCCUUCCAUGGACCAUCGGCAAGUGA